UCACCUCUCCAAGCUCACUCCUGCAGAAGAUGCGCCCUGUCUUCUGACACUGCAACAGCGAUGAUUCCCGAGCAGUCCAACCAUGUCGUGUCCACCAUCGAGAACCUGCCGGCGGAGAGCAUCUCCAGCAGCCCCGGCCCUGUGCAGAGGAUCAGGAAAUUGUUUAACAGGGAAAUGCUGCUGUCUAUUGCUCUGGGACAAGUGCUCUCCCUACUUCUCUGUGGAAUAAGACUCACAAGCAAAUAUCUGUCAGAAGAUUUUCAUGCCAACACACCUCUCUUUCAGAGUUUUCUUAACUACAUCCUUCUAUUCCUGGUUUAUACAACUACUUUGGCUGUAAGACAAGGGGAAGAAAAUUUGUUGGCGAUAUUGAAAAGAAGAUGGUGGAAGUAUAUGUUCUUAGGCAUUAUUGACAUAGAAGCAACAUAUUUAGUGGUCAAAGCACACCAAUAUACCACCUUUAUUAGCAUACAGUUGCUAAACUGUUUUGUCAUCCCCGUGGUCAUAUUACUAUCAUGGUUUUUCUUGCUGGUCCGAUAUAAGGUCUUGCAUUUCAUUGGUGCUGUAGCGUGUAUCCUAGGAAUUGGAUGCAUGGCAGGAGCUGAUGUUCUUAUGGGAAGACAACAAAAGGAGGUUGAGUUUUACCCGGGUGAUAGUAAACUCAUUGGGGAUGUUCUGGUUCUUGGAGGUGCCACUCUGUACGGCAUUUCUAGCGUAUCCCAGGAAUACAUUGUUAGAAACCUCAGCCGGAUUGAGUUAUUGGGCAUGAUCGGACUUUUUGGAUCCUUCUUCAGUGGCAUACAGCUAGCAAUAAUGGAACACAAGGAGUUGUUAAAGGUACCUUGGGACUGGCAAAUAGGGCUGCUCUAUGUGGGAUUCACAGCCUGCAUGUUUGGCUUGUAUAGUUUCAUGCCAGUGGUUAUAAAGAAAACCAGUGCAACUGCAAUCAACCUUUCCGUCUUAACGGCAGAACUCUACACAUUUUUCUGCGGUCUCUUUUUAUUCCAUUAUAAGUUUUCAGGACUUUAUCUUCUGUCCUUUGGCACAAUUCUGCUGGGACUGGUGCUGUAUUUCUCCACAACAACCUACGUGGCCCAAGAUCCCCGAGUGUAUAAGCAAUUCCGCAACCCAUCAGGACCUGUUGUAGAACUGCCAGCUAGUGCACAACUGGAGCCCUCAGUAACAUAUACCAGCUUAAGUCAAGAAACAGAAGAAGAACCACGUGUUAGAGUUGCCUAAAGCCAAGCAUUUGUCACCUGUUAAGGUUUCAGUGGCAUCUGUUUGUCCAUUAUCUCUGUUUUGUGCAUAGAGAAAAGAUUUUACCAGGUACUGUCACAAGAAGGGGCUCAGAAGCAGGAGCAUGAAAAAAGGUUUGACAAGGAUGCAAGAAAUACCAACCAACGGCAGACUCAGAAACACCUGGAGUCAUUAUUUUGCCAGCACUAUUUAUUCUUGAGUGUAUAAUCAGAGGGUAAGAAAACGUUGGGAAAGGUGAUAUUACCUCAAAGUUUACUUUUGCACAUGUCUUCAUGUGGUAUAUUGCCAAGAUUUGUUUAUUUUCAUAAAAAUCAAAAAUUUCACUAUGUAGUUUUCACUGAAGAUUCCCCAUUUUACACAAUUAUGUGAUUGCCUAAUUAAAGCUACUUGAGUCUAAUUAAAUAAAUGACAUUCCUACUGGUGCACUGCCAGCUGCCUCUGCUCUUUAGCCCAGGCACACCUGCAAUCAUUUAGACUGUUGGUGGCAUUAUAAAUUCCUUGCUGAAUUUUUGUAAUAUGUUAGGUUUUUAUGACUUUUUGUAUCUUCCAGUUGCCAAGUAAAUUAUAUCUUUUUUUCCCCUCGCUUUAACUUUGGUUUAACAUGAUUCAAAGCAGCUAAACAUGGCUUUGUCCAACACAGGGCUAUUAAAAACCGAUAU